UUUACCGCCCCCAUGUGGUAGCUACGCCACAUAACAUGUAGCUACUUCCUGUUAAGCUGAAGGGUGGGACAGGCGGAAGCAGGGCUCUGAGGUGCUAGUAUUUUUCUCUCGCUGAGCAGUUGGACUGAUAUAUAUCACUCAACAUGCCGGCGUAUCACUCAAGCCUGAUGUUCCCCGAAACCAGGCUGGUGGGGAAUAUGGCUUUGCUCCCCAUCAAAACCCAGUUCAAGGGCCCAGCCAGAGGAGACGGUAUAGAUUCAGACAUCAUUGAUGAGGCUAUCUACUACUUCAAGGCCAAUGUUUUCUUUAAGAACUAUGAAAUCAAGAAUGAGGCGGACAGGACGCUUAUCUAUGUCACACUCUACAUUUCUGAAUGCCUAAAGAGGCUACAGAAGUGCAGCUCCAGGAGCCAGGGUGAGAAGGAGAUGUAUACUCUGGGCAUCACCAACUUUCCCAUUCCUGGAGAACCUGGCUUUCCUCUCAAUGCUAUGUAUGUUAAACCUGCAAACAAGCAGGAGGAAGAGACUAUGAGGGCGUACCUCCAGCAGAUCCGCCAGGAGACAGGCUUGAGGCUAUGUGACCGUGUAUUUGACCCCCAGACAGACAAACCCAGCAAGUGGUGGGUGUGCUUUGUCAAGAAGCAAUUCAUGAACAAAAGUCUGUCAGCUCCUGGACAGUGAACAACUCAGGAUCCACAGUUUCUAUUCUACACCUGCAAGAUGGAUGGAUGGAUGGAUUUUUUUCUUUGGGUGGGGUGUGCUUUUGUGUUGCUCAGAUGAUUUUAUACUCUUUCAGUUUAAAGAUAUCUCAUGUCUCUGGAUGUUGACCAUAUUGAGCUGGUGCUUAAUUCAAUAAAGCAGUCAAGGCGAUUGGAAAAUAAA